CCCUCAAACGAAAACAGAGCCCGCAAAUGAAAACAAGAAGGUAAAUAGAAAACCAGCCGCUCUGCUCCGACGAGGUUUUUGAGCUCUGCCCUUACCCUCGCACUCGCCGGCGACGAGGAUUUACAGCACCCGGAUCUCCGUCGAGACGGUGACAGUGAUCAAGGAACAUCCUCAAGGCCCCUUCUUAUCAAUGCCAGUUGAUGCUCACCAAAUCUCAACUGAGCCAUAAGCAAUCCCUCGUACAGAACGCAUGGAUGCUGAUGCAAAAUCUUCAUGUUUGAAUGUGGGAGCUUAUCCCUGUGACCUGUCAACUACAUCCCAAUUUGGUUCAGUUCAGUGUGCUGGAGAUUUCAAGGAUCAACAACCAAUAAGACUGGGUGAAACCAUGGGCCCAAGAGACAAUGCAGUUGAUGAUCAUAAAUCUGAUUCUACUUUGCUAUCAAAUGAUAGUGAGUUUGGAAUCCUCAGUUAUUCAUUGAAAUCUGUUCCUGUUGGAGAUUUCAGCAAACCUGAGAUGAUGUAUUCUGAAGGUGCCCAUGCGAUUGAAUCUGCUGCCCAAGAAGCUGUAUUGCUUGAACAGGAAAUUGCCACACAAAAAAUCAUACAUGAUCAAAGGCAUGCAAAAGGAGCAAGUGCACCUGUAGAGGAUGGUCACGACAUUCUCUCUGGGCGCCAUGAUCCCAAUGCAUUGAAGGUGGUUCUCCUUAAAAUGACUGCUGAUCACCGUGUUGAAAUGGCCUCCAAACGAGGAAAGCUUAAUCAUCAAGAUGAUGGCAAUCUAGAAAUUGGUAAUGGAUAUGGUGUGCCUGGUGGUGGUGCUUAUUCUGCAGCAGGGCCUUUGAAUGCCAAGUCUGAAUCAAUGGGAUCUCAAAAAGAGUUGCCAGCAUAUUUAAAGCAGAGGCUGAAAGCACGAGGGAUACUCAAAGAUGAGAAGGAUCCUAAAUCACCAAUCAGUAGCACCACAACCAGCUCAAAGUUGCCUCCUGGUUGGGCUGAGACAAAGGACCCUAUUAGUGGAUCUUUUUAUUUCUACAAUGAGAAAACUGGAGUUACCCAAUGGGAGUGUCCUACAGAGACUUCGGGUUUCUCUGAGCCUUCUGUUGUUUUGCCAUUGCCAGAAGAUUGGGAAGAGGCUUGUGAUGUUUCAACAGGGCAAAGAUAUUAUUAUAAUACAAAAACAAACAUGACACAAUGGGAACGACCAAAUUCGAGCCAUCAGUUUCCUGUGCAGCAUCCUCAUAAUAUUUCUUCUGGACAUGAAGCCGUAAGAGUUAGCAGUAAUGAACCAGAUUAUACGAGAAAAUGCAUGGGGUGUGGUGGGUGGGGAAUUGGUGUUGUUCAACCUUGGGGUUUUUGCAACCACUGUACACGGCUUCAGAAGGGAACUGUUCAGCAAUGUUCAUCUACGACCAAUCAUCAGCAGCAAACAAGCAAUAAAGGAACCCCCAAAAAUCAGAGGUCAAGCUCAAAACCUCCAUCGGGGAAAGGUAAAAAGGAAAGCAGGAAAAGAGGCUACUCAGAGGAUGACGACUUGGACCCCAUGGAUCCUAGCUCUUAUUCAGAUGCUCCUCGGGGAGGCUGGGUGGUUGGUUUAAAAGGAGUACAACCACGAGCAGCAGAUACCACUGCUACGGGCCCUCUUUUUCAGCAGCGUCCAUAUCCUUCUCCGGGUGCAGUUUUACGAAAGAAUGCCGAGAUUGCUUCACAAACAAAGAAACACGGAUCUCACGGUCAUAUGGCGCCGAUUUCCAAGAGAGGAGAUGGGAGUGAUGGGCUUGGUGAUGCAGAUUGAAAGCAAGAAAUAUCAGAGUAGGGCUUGGGUACUAAUCCGAGUGUUUUUUCAGCUGGUGAUCAGUUGCUGUUGUCGAUAAACUUGAUGUAGAAGAAGUAUUCUUCCUGAUUCAAAUGCAGCUAAAAAAUUUGAGUUGAUGUAGAUCAUUGGAUGGAUGUUCAAGUACACAUUUUUCUUUUCGGGUUUUAUAGGAUGGACAUGACAAAUGAGUAUGGACAACAGUUUGUUUGACACAUCAAUGUGUGGCCCGAUUAUACGUCGAAAUCAUCUUCGGAAAAUUGGGAGGGUUUUGGUUCUCCUGUGGUUGACAAAAUUACAGUGUACAGAUAAUAUAUGUGGUUGUCUAUUGAACUUAUUAUUCUCUUC